CAGUCGGAUACAAGAUAUAACUUUUUUAAAAGUUAAAAAAACAUGUAAUAUUAUGUAAAAAGAGAGGACUUAAGUGUAGUGAAAAUAAAUCACCAAGGUAAAGGAUGUAACUUUAAAUACAAGUGCAGUAGAGUUCUCAGGGAGGAUUUUAAUUGUUCAAAUCUACCAAAAAUGUCUAUGGUGACAUACAGACUUACAUUAUGCAAGCAUGGUAUAACUCGUAUCAAACUGUGUUACAAAGGCAGCAAUUUUACUACAUCCGCUUUGUGUAGAGUUGGUUACAAAAUACAAGAUAACCUCCGAGACUGUUACACUUUCCUGAACGUUUCCGAGGGAUGCUCACAAGAGGAACUGCGACAGGCAUUCUUGGAGAAGGUGAAGAUAUAUCAUCCGGACAGUAAGUCUACAACUGCUGACCCAAAGAAGUUCAAUCAAGCCAAAGAAGCAUACAAUGCUAUUAAGACAAAGCUGGAAGAAUAUGAUUUAUUAGACAAGUAUUACAAGAAAGAUGAGGAUGAUGAAGAUAUUUUUGAUCUGAAAACAAAGCAAGCUCAGCAUAGACAGUAUUUGGACAAUGAGGGCUUUGGGUUCGGCAACAGAGCCCAGAGACAGAAACAGUAUGAGCAGUUACGUGUGAAUAAAGCACAGGAAAAUGUGUUGAAGUAUAGAAUUAAACGCAUAGUACCGGAGGAAGACAAUGCUCUUGUAGCCAAGGAUCAAAAAAGAGCAAAGAAAACUAAAAUUAGUAACACACUAGACAGACUUGUGGAGGAUAUGAUUGUAGAGUCCAUGUCUCAAGGUCACUUUGAUAACCUUUCAGGGAUGGGCAAACCACUAGAUUUCAGCAAAGAUAAUCCAUACAUGGACCGUACUACACAAAAACUCAAUCAGAUUUUGCUUGACGAGGAUUUACUACCAAACUGGAUAUCUAAACAAAAGGAAAUAAGAGAAGACAUACGUGCUUGUAGACAGAAACUAGCAAAGGACAUAAAAAGAUGUGAAAACCUUACACGCCCGGAGGACCGAGAGGCCAAUAUGGCGGACAUUACAGAAACUUUCAAAACAUCCUUGAAGGAUAUAAAUAACAAGAUAUUUAACUAUAACCUUAUAGUUCCUAUUUUAGACAAGCAAAUGAUGACUUAUAACUUUGAGAAAGAAUAUAAACGUGUGAGUAGUAAUAUUCAGGAGUAUUUACCUGAAGGUACGGGUGUUUCGUAUCAUGGUGACAUUUUCAAGAAAUUUGAGUCGCCACAAAAAGUGUCGUAUUCAGAUUUAUGGACCGCUUUUAAAGAUAUAUUUAAAACAAAUAAGUGAGGGUGUAUAAUGAAAUAAGGUAUUUAAUUUUAUUUUAAACAGGAUGUGAUAAUGAAGUGAUAUAUUGUUAUAUAAUAAAUUAUUUUGUUAUGUUUGUUAAAUAGAAAUGUAAAUAAACUCAUAAA